CCUCCGUCGAUUUUAUCGGCAACAACCAUCCCCCAAAAACUCUCACUCCCUCUUUCCUUAUCCGUAUCCCUCUAUUUAUAACAACUCUCUCGCUAGUUCCUUCUCAUUUCUAAUGGCCCGUUCCAUGUCUCAAGCCCUAACCCUAAUCCGAACCACCACCACCAACCACCGUAAUGCGAUUCUCCUCGUAUCUUCUCGGUUCGAGUCUACUGGGUCCCACCACAUCGACAGAAACGUCGGAUCUGACACGUCAGAGGCUGAGGCUCUUGCGGUGCAGAGGAUUGAAGAUGCGAUUCAUGGGAUUAUAGUGCGGCGAUCGGCACCUGAUUGGUUGCCGUUCUGUCCUGGUGCGUCCUAUUGGGUCCCACCUAGACGGAGUUCGUAUGGUAUUGCUGAUCUUGUUCAUAAGCUUGCUAAUACGCUCUCCGAAGAGGAGAUUAUGUCUCUUGCUACGUUUCGUGGAUGGCCUUCCUCUAAUUUUUAUCUUAAUAACGAGAAGGGUAGCUUGUCCAAAAAAGAAAUCCAGUCUGAGGACGAGGAGGUUUAACUGCAAGCAUGAGCAUGAAUGCGGAAAGCAACUGCUUCUGCCUCACCGUUGUUAAGGUUUAUAAAUUUCUGUACAUAGGUUGCGUAGCUGAGCAGAGUACAUACAAGUUUUCUGUCAUCUUUCUUUUAUACUAGGAGAGCAGUAAGUCUCAUCGAAUGUACAGUGUAGUAUGUAGGAGAAGUUAAUUUAAUUUGCCCUAAUCCAAAUUUCUUGGUUUAAGGUGAUGGGUAUUUCUAAUACAAGCUCUUUGCUGUAUGCCCUAAAUUAAUGUAAUGUUAUCACAUAUUAGCCUUUGUAAAUACUAGAAAUAAACCUGGUUGUCCGUU